AUGGCCAAGAUCGUCGCCGAGAAUGUCAAGGCGCACCCGCAGCUGUUCGAGGAGGUCGUCCAGAUGUGGGUGUACGAGGAGGAAGUGGUCAUCGACAAGAAGUCGCGGCACUAUGACGCCAGCAGCCCGCUGUGCAAGGGCACGCAGAAGCUUUCCAAGGUGAUCAACGAGCUGCAUGAGAACGUGAAGUACCUGCCCAACAUCACGCUGCCGCCCAACGUCAUUGCGAACCCUUCGCUGGAGGAUGCAGCGCGCGACAGCACUCUCCUGGUCUUCGUCAUCCCGCACCAGUUCAUCGCGCGCAUCUGCGAUCGCCUCAAGGGCAACAUCCUCUCCUAUGCUCGCGGCAUCAGCUGCACCAAGGGUGUCGACGUGUCAGACAAGGGCAUCCAGCUCUUCUCCGAGUCCAUCGGGCAGCGCCUAGGCAUCUACUGCGGUGCGCUGUCGGGCGCCAACAUCGCGACCGAAAUCGCGCAGGGGAAGUAUUCGGAGACGACGGUGGCCUAUGACCCGCCGCCGAUCGACUCGAGGCAGCCCUCGCCCACGCCCUCGCCGUCCGAAUCCACGACCGACCUCGUCGUCCGCACCAACGGGUGUUCUGGCGAGCGGUCUGUAGUGCUCCACCCUCUCCCCAUCGAUUACCCGCCGCUCAGCCACGAGAACGUCAAGAAGUUGUUCCACCGGCCUUAUUUCCACGUGCGCAUGGUCUCGGACGUCGCAGGCGUUUCCCUUGGCGGUGCGCUGAAGAACGUUGUCGCGCUCGCGGCGGGCUUCAUGGACGGGUUGGGCUGGGGAGAUAACGCGAAGGCUGCUGUCAUGCGCGUGGGCCUCCUCGAGAUGGUCAAGUUCGGCACCAAGUUCUUCUCGUCGAGCUGCCGGCCGUCGACGUUCACGGAAGAGAGCUGCGGAAUGGCCGAUGUUGUGACCAGCUGCAUGGGCGGACGCAACUUCCGUUGCGCGAAGCUUGCGAUCGAGCGCGGCAUGAGCGUUGAGGACGUGGAGAAGGCGGAGCUGAAUGGGCAGAAGCUGCAGGGUACCAGCACGGCGUACGAGGUGCACUCAUUCCUGAAGAGCCAAGGCAUGGUGGACGAGUUCCCUCUUUUCACAGCCGUGUACAACAUUCUCGAGGGCCAGACAAAGGCCGAGGACAUCCCCGACCUGAUCGAGCCGAAGGACUAG